ACAUGACAGACUAGACAGCAGUCACUGUGCAGCUGCGACAGACACGAUGCUGCAAAGAAUUACGACGAAACCACACUGCCGAUCAUGGCAGCGUCAGCUGUUACGGACGUUCUCCUCUACAGUGAAUACCCCUACACUUCCACUUUCAGGUACCAGAGUGCUCGACUUGACGAGGGUACUGGCAGGGCCAUACUGUACACAAAUUCUUGGAGAUCUUGGUGCUGAGGUAUUAAAAAUCGAGCACCCAACAAGAGGGGAUGAUACACGGCAAUGGGGGCCUCCCUACGCUCCCCACCUCGAUGGACAGCCGGGACCUGGCGAAAGUGCUUACUAUCUAUCCGUAAAUCGUAACAAGAAAUCUAUCGGCAUCUCUUUCAAGGAAGAAAAGGGUGCAGAUCUCAUUCGAAAGCUAGCCUUAAACGCCGACGUCUUCGUUGAGAACUACCUCCCUGGUACUUUAAAGAAAUACGGACUCGACUUCAAGGCGCUCAGUAAGGCGAACCCAAAGUUGAUUUAUGCGAGUGUGACUGGGUACGGACAAUUUGGUCCAUAUAGCAAUCGAGCAGGAUAUGAUGUUAUGGUUGAAGCGGAAAUGGGACUGAUGCACAUUACUGGAACGCAGGAUGGCCCGCCAGUCAAAGUUGGUUGCGCCGUGACAGAUCUGACAACGGGACUGUACACUGCAAACAGCAUCAUGGCAGCACUUCUCGGUAGAGCAAAGACUGGAAAAGGACAGCAUCUCGAUGUUUGUCUCAGCGACUGCCAAGUUGCGACGCUUUCAAAUAUGGCAGAAUCCGUUCUCAUCUCAGGGAAACGAGAUACUGGACGUUGGGGAACUUCGCAUCCGUCCGUCGUCCCAUACAGGUCUUUCAAAACAUCAGACGGCGAUAUACUCUUUGGUGGCGGCACUGACCGCCUUUUCGGCAUAUUGUGCGAAGGUUUGGGGAGACCAGAAUGGAUCAGUGAUGAACGGUUCGCUAUCAACUCAGCGCGAGUAGAGCAUCGGAAUAUCCUCGAGCCGUGGAUUGAAGAAAUCACGAUGUCAAAAACGACUCAAGAAUGGCUUGAGAUUUUUGAUGGCACUGGAUUACCAUAUGCAAAAGUCAACGAUCUUAUGGAUACUCUGAAUCAUGAUCAUGUUCUGGCAAGAGGCAUGGUGAAAGAGGUUGACCAUCCUACGUGUGGCCCCAUCAAGUUAAUCAAUACGCCUGUCAAAUACUCAUAUUCAACGCCGGGGAUCAGAUCCCCUCCGCCGACGCUGGGACAACAUACUGAUGAAGUGUUAAGGGAUAAUUUGGGCAUUAGCGAAGAGGAUAUAAAGGCUCUUAGAAUGGAUGGCGUUGUAGGAUAGAAGCUGAUCGGUACAAUCCCAACAUCGUGAACGUAUUAGCUCAUUCGGUGCUGCCUAGAUCUCUGUUUAGGUUAUUAAAUAACGCAUCUCGUGUCGUCCCGAACACGAGCAAGGGUUUGGGUUCCCGACGUUCACAGUGCAUAGGCUGGUGAAAUGCCUGAAGCCAAC